AUGGCGUACUACUGGCCGCAGGCGGAGGGGCGGCAGGCGGCGCUGGACCCCGCCGCCGCUGCCCUGCUCUUCAUCGACGUCCAGAACUACAACUGCAGCCGCCAGGGCGCCAUCUACCGCAGCCUGGCGCCCAAGCAGCAGCAGAGCGAGGACGUCCGCCACUUCAUGCAGCGGGUGGAGCAGUGCACGCCGCUGUGGGCCAGCCUGCAGCAGGCCUGCAGGGCAGCAGGCGUGGAGGUACUGUACACAGUGAUACAGAGCCUGACAGCCGACGGGCGGGACCGUAGCCUGGACUACAAGCUCUCGGGCUUCCACGUGCCGCCAGGCAGCUGGGACGCGCAGAUGCUGGGCUGCAUCCAGCCGGGCCCCGACGAGAUUGUGCUGCCCAAGACCAGCAGCUCCGUCUUCCAGUCCACCAGCCUGCACUACCUGCUGCGCAACCUGGGCGUGCGCCAGCUGGCGCUGUGCGGCUGCGUCACAGACCAGUGUGUCGAGCAUGCGGUACGGGAUGCCUGCGACCUGGGAUACCUCGUCACCCUGGUCACAGACGCCUGCGCCACCUACUCCCCCCAGCGCCAGGCAGCCUCGCUGGCCGCCGUGGCCGGCUACUGCAGGCAGCGCACCGCGGCAGAGGUGGCGGCGGAGCUGGCAGAGGCGGCAGGAGGGGCCCGGGGAGCAGGCAGCUGGCCGGCGGCAGCGUCGGUAUCGCCCUGA